AUGAUUUCAACUUAAUCACUAUCUCCCAUACCCACUUAAUAUAAUCUCUUGGAUAUGUUUUUGGAAAUUGUUAACAGCAGCUAAGACUCUCUUUCCAUGAGCUAAGAAUCAGAAGAUUACCCUUAAAACGAAAUAAAGAUUGAGGCUGUAGAAAACUAUUCUAAAGUUAAAAAAUCUAAUAUAAUAAAGAAUAUACUAAAAUCCUUUCAAAGAUAUAUAGAAAAUACUAGUUCUAUUGAGCAAGAAGAGUUGUGCUUGGCUUUUAAAAAAAGAUAUGACUUCUCCCAACUCAAGAAACUUGUUACAAGAAACUUUAAAACCUUUGGAAAGAGAUGGAAUAUGAAAUUGAAACACUUAAUUGACUAAUGCUCGUACAAAGAGCUCUUUUAGUAUUACUUGGAGUAUAAGUCUUGUGAGUGGCUGAAUUCAAGCAAAGUCUAAAAUAAAGAAGACCAUAAAGUAGUUAUUAAUUUUAUCGUUCAAGCUCUUAAAAAUCCAGAAUACAGAAAUGAAAUCAAGUUCUACAAAAAAAUAAAAUCAAUUACUUCAGAUUUAUGA